CUUCUGUUUACUAAACAUGUGUGAUGUUGGUGACAUGGUAUGUAUCUACCAGGGUAAUACCAGGAAAAAUAAAGGAAUAGAAAUGCCUGGUUUACAGCUCGAGGGCGAAAAACGGAAACUUUUGGAAGCCAGGUUCUUUGGGACAUCAGGACGGCUAUUUGCACUACCUCAGACGACGACAACAGCAUCAUGUCAGCAGCAGCAACAAGAGAAUUCCAACACCAGUAUUGCUAGUGCUUCAAGUGACGAGAGGGAUGGAGACCAGGGCCAAAUGAGAACCUCCUCCUCCAUCGUAGGCAAUGGGCUAGCACAAGACCAGGGCAGUCUCCCGUUUGCUUCACCGCCCCCUCCUGAAAUUAGACAACAGACUCCUGAGAAGGCCAAAACACCAACAGAAAGGAAAAGAAAAAGGAAAAAUGCCAGUGCGGAAGAUGGAGUGCAAGGAAAGCAAGGCAAGGCAGAUAGUGCCAAGAAGAUAAAUGAAUAUUUUAGGGGAGGAAGCCCAGGUCGGGGAACACGGAACUCCCCCAUUCCAAUGUACCCUGCGUCCCCCGUCAUGUUUGCCCAGUCUCCAAUGCAGGGGAGCAACAACAGUAACUCACAGGAGUUUCAGUCGAUGUUUCCAAAUGCGGGAAGCCAAAAUAAUGACUCUUCAAUGAGGCCAGUACAGCCGGACACCAGUCACAGCCAACUAGGGAACAUGAACGCUCAGCCCCCGCCAAAUGAUGUGAGGGAUCAAAAAAUACAGGAAUAUUCAAAGCAAAUUGAUGAACUAAGAAGGCAGCUCACAGCCCAGCAAAAAUUAAUAGACAAAUAUAAAGAGACACAAAACAGAUGUCUAGAAAAGACCAAGAAACUGCUAAUAGAAAAGAGUGAUAUGGAGAAGAAGGACAGGCGGCAACAUGCAAUGGAGAACAGGCUGCGGCUGGGCCAGUUCCAGACCCAGCGCCAAGGGACGUCCUUCGUGGAAAACUGGGUGGACGGAUAUGCAUUUACAGAUGUGAUAAAGCGUCAGGAAAGGAUAGGAGCAGAGCGAGAAGAAAUAGACCGACAACGGAAAUUGUUAAUGAAAAGAAAACCUUCGACAGGAGGGACUAGCAGAGGAUCGAGCAAAAGUCAAGAUGGAUUCUUAAAGCCUGCCGAAAAAUCUCAAUUAUCUCUCGGCGGGUUUUACGAACAGGACGAGAUUCUGAAGCUGCGGCAAGCAGCACUUAAAAAAGAGGACACUGACUUACAAUCCGAGCUGGAAAAAUUAGAACGGGAGCGCAAUUUACAUAUCAGAGAACUCAAACGCAUUCACAAUGAAGAUAACUCCAGAUUCAAAGAACACCCAGUAUUAAACGAUAGGUACCUCCUGCUCACCCUUAUAGGAAAAGGGGGGUUUAGUGAGGUUCACAAGGCAUUUGACCUGAAAGAGCAGAGGGAUGUGGCUUGUAAGAUUCACCAGCUGAAUAGGGAGUGGAAAGAUGACAAAAAAGUGAACUAUAUAAAACAUGCUGUACGGGAAUACAAUAUACAUAAGACACUGGAUCACCCGAGAAUAGUAAAACUUUACGACGUGUUUGAAAUUGAUAUUGAUUCAUUUUGUACAGUUCUAGAAUACUGUGAUGGCCAUGACUUGGAUUUCUAUCUCAAGCAGAGUAAGAGUAUACCUGAGAGGGAAGCCCGCUCUAUAAUAGUGCAGACAGUCAGCGCCCUGAAAUAUCUGAACACGAUCACGCCGCCAGUCAUACACUAUGAUCUUAAACCAGGAAACAUUCUACUAGGACUGGGCAUGGUGAGCGGGGAAAUCAAGAUCACAGAUUUUGGUUUGAGCAAGGUGAUGGAGGGCGACACCUAUAGUCCAGACCAUGGCAUGGAUCUCACUUCACAGGGCGCUGGGACAUAUUGGUACUUACCUCCUGAGUGUUUUGUUGUUGGUCGUGAACCACCAAAAAUUUCCUCAAAAGUAGAUGUCUGGUCUGUAGGGGUGAUCUUUUAUCAGUGUCUGUAUGGCAAAAAGCCAUUUGGUCACAACUUGUCACAAGCUGCCAUUCUAGAAGAGAACACAAUCUUAAAAGCAACGGAGCCUCAGUUCCCCUCCAAGCCUCCAGUCAGCAACGAGGCCAAGUCUUUUAUUCGUACCUGUUUACAGUAUAAAAAGGAGCUUCGUCCAGAGGUUCUUCAGCUAUCAGAACAUGAUUAUCUUAAGCCUGUAGCAAUGAAAUCCAAAGACAAGGCAGACUCGAUGUCAAUGUGAUUCUAUCUAGGGCAGUAGCACAAUAUUACCACUCAAGGCUUCAGUCACAAGUGCACGGAUAGCAUAAGAUUGUUUACAGUUGUUUGAAUGAAGAUGAUACAUGUGCUGACAUCUUCAAUUGUGGGCUGAUAACAAGUGCUGACCCCUACAGUUGUGGGUGGAUAGAUACAUGUACUGACACCUUCAGUUGUGGACAGAUAGAUACAUGUGCUGACAUCUACAGCUGUGGGCAGAUAGAUACAUGUGCUGACAUCUACAGCUGUGGGCAGAUAGAUACAUGUGCUGACACCUUCAAUUGUAAGCAGAAAUAUACAUGUGCUGACAUCUACAGUUGUGGGCAAAUAGCUACAUGUGCUGACACCUUCAGUUGUGGGCCGAUAUAUACUGUGUUUGCUUCAGGACAAUGAAUGGACACAGUUAAGUUUGAGUAUGAACUUAAAGAUAAUGCGAACACAGCUCAUCCAGUGUCCAGUCCAUGUACUGUAUCUCAGCCAGUGGUAAUUACUUUUAUUUUAGAAGUUACCAGUAAAUUGAAGGAUGACAGAGUUCGAUGGUGCAUUCACAGUGCAGAGCGUUGAAGAGAAGAUGGAUCAGCGCAAGAACAAACAGUUGCAAUAUUUUAAAGAACGUAGAAACAUUUCACCUUGAUAUUGAUCUUGAACUUGCCAUAUCUUCACUGCUGGUCACAAUCUUCGCCAUUGCUCAGUAUCUCCCAGUAGUAGCCAGUGGAGUUUAGGUCUUGUUCACUGCAGACAUUUUUAGAUCAUGGUUGCCUAUUUUAUCUCAUCUUGGUGCUUUGAACUCUUGUGGUGCCCCCUAUAGAUACUCCACACCAUGGCAGCAUGGGAAGGCACGGGGGUUAAGGAAGACUUGAUUUGGCUAAUUGACCUCCAUUGCAUCGUGGGUAUUGCGUGUAAAACACUUCAUGUGCUGGACAGAUACAUGAACAAACAUGCUAAUACAAGGGCUGAUGAGACAUAGUAUAGUGCUGUAAUGCUAUUAUCUUUGCCUUUGAUUCACUGCUGGAGAAGUAUGCAUGGACUGUCAUCAUAGGAGUGUAUCUGGCACCCCUUGGACUGCAGAAUAGACUUGCCCAGGCAUGUGAUUAACAUUUCAGCAUGGGAGAGUUCAAUUUGGAUGCCAAGGAGAGGAAGGUUGUGAAGAGUAUCGAUUUGUGGAUGCAAGGGAUAUCUGGUGAGUGACGAGGGCUUACUCUUUAAAAGUAGUGGCCUUAAAUAUGAACACUUCAUAGCAGCUGUGGCCCUGAGCACAAACUGUACUUCUUGGGUUACAAACUAUCCA